AAAACAUUUACCUAAACGCACGCUCAUGUCUCGUUCUCUCCAUCGUCUGCCACCUACCCCGAAAAUAUCUCAAAGAUUGUUAACAAGACAUCAAAAUGGAUUUUGAAAACGUUGAGAACGUCACCGGCUGGAGUAUCAGUGCCAUCGACACUUUGCUACUUUGCAACACGCUUCCGGAUUUACAAGUAGAUGAAAUAGGCAUUUGCACAAACAAAAUGGAAAUAACCUAUUUACUAUUAUCUGCAAUUUUCGAGAGAAAUGAAUUUUUGAAUUUGUCACCAAACAAUAUUAUUACUGCACUUGAGAUUAUUUGGCCAGAUAUACAUGUUCCCAGAGUUGAUUCUUUGAAACGGCACAUGUUAAAAGUUGUUUCCCGAUGUGACAAAUCUUCUGACCUACUGAACCAGAAAGUAUCCCUACUUUAUACAAACUGUAAUGUUAAAUUUACUGUUAAUGGUCGAAUGACAAAUAGAGAUUUCUUGUCCAUGUUUACUGCUAUGUCCAAGCACCAUACUAUACAUGAAAUUUACAAGCACAUUUUACCAAACUUCAAACUGGAAUCUCCACCAUCAUCUGUAGCUGCUCUUAGACAAAAAUAUAAGAAACUCACUGAACUGCGAGAUAAAUUACAAAAAAAUCAGAAAAAUUAUGACUUAGAGCACCUUUUAAAUUCAAAUUUUAUUCUACCGACAAAUACCAGCAGUACAAAACAACCAAACUUGAACGCCACGAAAAGAAAGUUAGACACAUUUAAGAAAUUUCAAAUUGAAUUAUCAAAAGUAGGAACUGAAAUGCAAAAUAUGGAAUCUGAAUUAGAAAUUUCAUCUGAAAUUGCUGCUGACUUUAAAUUGCAAUAUGAAAUGGCACUUGACGAAAUAUAUGAACUGCAAACGGAAAUAGAUGUUCUUGUAAGAGAAUGCAAUAACAAUGAUCAUACAAUACAUUCGUUAAAAUCAAAGUUAUUCCGAAUUGAAUCAAAGUACAAAACUCAAAGUGCUAAGCUGGAGGAAACUAAUAAUCGAUUCAACUAUCACGAACUUAGAAAAUUUCAAAAACGUGAAAGCUACCACAAAAAAGUAAUUUGUUCACAGAAGAAUGAAAUAAAGAAAUUAAAACUUGAUAUAGACAAAUCCAAAACUGUUGAAGCCGAAAAAAGGAAGACAGUAAAAAACUUAACUUACUAUAAGAGACAAAAUAAUGAAUUAAAACAAAACGACUCGGAACAAAAACAACUGAUAUCAAAACUCCAAAAAGAAGUUUCCGAAAGAGACAGGAACAUUGCUAGUUUGACGGAACAGGUCACUGUUCUUCUUGAUGAUCAAAUUUCUAUUAAUACAUUUUCCGAUGGGAAGUACCUUCCAGCUGUCCGUCAAGUGGUUCAAGACUUGCAUUCUUUUGGUGUAGGAGUUAAACAUAUCGGCCAAACUAUAAACUCAGUGCUAAAACAUUUAUUAGGGGUUGAUGAAUUGAAACUUCCGUCCGAAUCUUCUAAUCGAAGAAUGAUUUUGGAAUCAAACUUACUAGCAAAAAUGCAAAUUGGUGAAGUAUUAUUACGCAGUCAAAAUUCGAACACAUUACAUUUUGAUGGUACAUCGGACGCACAGAGACACUUUUUGGGCUUUCAAAUUACAACUCCCCAGGCAAACUUAUCGUUGGCUAUGAAUGAAAACGUGCGAGGUGACACACAGACUCAGGUCGAAACAAUUAAAGAAAAUUUUUUGGAGAUAGCGAAUUUAGUUUCACAAUCAAAUGAAGAUAUAAACGAAAAUUAUGCAAAAUUAAUGCUUAGUAUUAAAAACAUGAUGUCUGAUCAACAUAUAGUUAAUAAAAAUUUCUAUGAUGAAUUUGUUAAAAUGAGGAGUGAGCUUUUGCAAAAAUUUGAAAGUAACUGGGACACAAUGUCAGAAAAUGAACAAGAAAAAGCGGCUGAAAUACAUCAAUGGUUUUGUCACUUGCACCUUUUGGCGAAUAUGGGAGAUAGUAUCAAUAAAGCUUUAAAAGAAUAUGAAAAAAUUAUAACAGAUGGCACUGGUAAACUUGGAAGAAGUCAACUUCCAACAUUUUCAAGUUGGUCUGAUAAGGACAGUGCAGCUGUUAGAUGCAUACGUACUGUUUGCAGUGCUUUGGUGUCCGGUGGUAAUGCAUCGUCUGGCUGCCCAGAAGAUUUCAAAACUUAUCUCUUUUUGAAAGGAAAAACUUGUAGAUUGAAAAGAUUUGAACAUACUAGAUUCAAUAUCAUUUUUGAAAAUGCAGGUGCUGUGAUUUAUCACAGAAAUGAUAUUAUUGAUUUUUUCUCAAAAUCGUCAUCAUCAUCCCUUAAUAUGCUUCAAAAGUCUGUGCUAUCUGAUCUUCAAGAUAAAACGAUAUUUCAGGAGAUUUUAUCGGUGGCAACUAUUGGACAAAUUAUUACCACUCCAUUUCUGAGGCUUAUUGAUAGCAAAACAGUUGCAACACACAUUUUGGAUUUAAAUCAACAUUUUCUACAAUUACAAAUAAAUUUAAAACAGUGGUCAAAAGAUCCAAGUGACUUAACAUCAGGUGAAACUGUUUUGUUCCCUGAAGUUCCGCCAUGCAAAGAUGACAUCUUUGAUGCCGUAUUUUUAAACCAUGUAUUACCAGAUACAGAUGUGAUUUCAGAAUCAGCCAGUUUAAUGUCCACUCAUCUGUAUCUUACUGUGUCUCGCCUCUUAAAAAAUCAGUUACCCGAAGGUUGUCAUGGUACUGAUAACGAAAGAAUACGUGAAGAAUCUUUAACGGUUCCAAAACACAAUCGUACAAGUGAAAAGAACUUUGCCGAUUUUAAGCAGAUUCGCCACUUUAAACCAAAUGCAUCCAUUGAACACAUAGAGGCUACUUUAAUGUGGGUUAACAACAAAACUGUCGAAUGGCUUGAUUUAAUGGAUCCUGAAAUUAAAAAUGCUAAAAUUACUUUAGCUAUGAAACGAGCGCCUGAAUUUAUCAGUAAAUGGCAUGAGCGUAAAAUUCAAUUAAAACAAAACCGUCUUGAAAAGUUAAAAGAAAAGGAAACCGAAAAGGCAAGGAAAGAUGCUCAAAGUAUAAAAAAUAAACAGACUGCAUUAGAUACACUUCAAACGCUCAAUUUACAGCCAUGCAACACAGUCCAAGAUGUAACUGAAAUGCUCCAGAAAUGUAAGACUGAAAAUGAAAAAGAAUCCGCCUUAAAAGCUCAAAUUACAUUUUACAAAUUUGUGAUUAUCCUUCCAAAUAUUGAACACAAACUCUUUUUCUUUUCUAAAGAUAAAAAGAAAUUUAAUUCAGAACAGUUAAUGUUGAAUUUUGUGAAAAUUCUGAAUAAAAAAAACGAUUUGUUAUUGGCCUGUAAUGACGACAAUGAACUAGUAUCCAAUGAAAGAAGAAAACAGUUGCUUAAAGAGAAGAAAGACAAUCUGCUUUCUAAUCAAAAGAAAUCUGUUGAAAGUGUUGUUGAAGAAUAAAAUAUAGUUCAAUGCCUUAGCUUGAUGCCUGGAGUUAAUUAUAUAAUAUUUGAGCUGUUAUUUCUUUAACAUAUAA